CCUCCCACCCUCGAACCCAAGCAGCUCUCCUCGGUCAUCUCUCCCGAAGAGCUCGAGAUCACAAUCGACACGCUCCGAACCCUCGCCCAAUAUCCGACUCUCAUCAAAUCGAAAGCUUGCCAGCCGUUGCGGGCUGCUACCUACGACUUCCGAACCGUCUGCACGACUGGACUAAACUCGGCACCCACGAUAUCGAAUGCGAACACUAGUGCCUCGUCUUCGAGCCUCACCUCUCGCGUGAGUGCUGCACUAGCCGAUGGGCGCUACAUGGAAGCGCGGGUCGCGCUGGCGGAGAUGCGCGUGAGGGGCUUAGCUCCGAAGCUUGGAGCCCUCUGUCGAUGGGUACGGGACCUUGAUGUUGUUAGCGGAUUGAGCGGCGACCAGGGGAUUCAUGGGAGAGGUACACGAAGUUCGUGCGAGAGAGAAGCGUUCCGGGCCCUGGAUGCCGUACUGCGUGUGACGUGCCCCAUCGAUGAGACUACAUCGGUAACAGGAGGAGCGACCGGCGGGGACAUGAUGAUCAACUUGCAACCUGCUUGGAACCUGCGCGUUCCAUCUACGGAAGACGGGCAAAGCCGUAAUGCCGUUAAAAAUGGGACCCUUUUUGCAACGGAUCAGGAGAGGGCAAGGACCGCAUCCAAAUACACUCUCAUCGAAAGGACCCCGGGCCUACUUCGAAAACCGCCCAAUCAUCACCCUGCGCUUUUGUAUACGUCGGAACCAGGCGCUAUACCGUUGACUGCGGACAAGCAUCUCACUCCCACCCUCCACAAGCAUCCUCUCGUCCCAAACUUAUCCCUCAUCUCAUCUGUCCUGAGCCCAUCCGAGUGUCGAGCUAUUGUAAUGGCUGGCGAGGCCGUUGGUUUUGUCCCCGAUGCACCAUUGAAGGAUGAUACCGACGACGUCAGUAUACUUGCCCAUAACUUCUACUGGGUCGUUGAUCAACCUUUUCAUGACGCCCUGUGGGCCCUUGUCCGCGAUUUUGUUCCGGCACACGUAGGGGGGAGAGUUGCAAGGGGCAUCAACAGACGAUUCAGAGUGUAUCGCUAUGUACCUGGUGCCGAAUAUCGUUGUCAUAUUGAUGGUGCUUGGCCACCUUCAGGCAUUUCGCCUACGGGACAAUAUCAAUACGAUGCCAGCGGGCCUGAAACCGGGGGGAAACAGUCGAGCCUGUUCACUUUCCUGAUCUAUCUCAACGAAGAUUUCCAGGGCGGGGAAACAACCUUCUUCUUGCCCAGCGUCAAGGAGGGCGUGCUGAAUGCAUACCCAGUCAAACCAGUCAUGGGCGGUGUUGCUCUUUUCCCACAUGGGGACAGCAAGGGGGCACUGCUACACGAGGGCACAGGAGUCAGAAGUGGAGCGAAAUACGUGAUCAGGACUGACGUUGAGUACGAUGUGGAGCCCUCG